CUUGGCUGGCCAGUCCCAAAGCACUUGGAACCAGGAAUUUCGGUGACAGAGCUGCCGGCCAUGGAAGCCUCCACCUGGCAGAACUAUGGAUAUUUACGGGAUGACACAAGUAAGGCGAAGGGGAGAGACUGCCCAGCUUCCCGGGGAGAAUCCGCAGGGACGUGUGAGGAUUAUCCACUGCUGCAGCUCAGCCAGGAGGGUUUGGGACACAGCCGGGAGCGGGGGGACCUCCCCGACCUCCGCAGCAACCCCGCGGGUCCUGCCAAGAGGUCAGAGAUGAGCGGGCAGAGAGGGCAGCGGGGGCCGGCAGGGGAGCUGCGCCUGGAAGAGCAUCCCGUGUCCAAGGGGUGCCGGAGAGGGCGGGAGGGAGAAGCCCCUCCGAAGGUGUACGAGCUGGAGGUGCUGCCCAGGCGGGUGGGCACGGGCAGGACGGUGAGGCCGGUGGUCUACAGGCUGGAAGAGAGCGAGUACAGGCGCCUCAUCCAGGAGGCAGAAACGGAACCUGAGGAGGAAUGGGAAGAGACAGAGGACACGCUACCCUUGAUUCAGGAGGGCUGCGCAGGGGACGGGAAGGUGGCAAGCCCGAGCCUCAGCAGGCUCAACUCCUUAGAAAGAGUCCUGAGGAGGCAGAUGAGCCGCUCGGACUCGGAGAGCAGCGUGGAGAACAGGCAAGUGACCAAACUGAGCCCCAAGAGCCCCUCGGAGGGCAACAAGCCGAUGGUGCCCGUCAGGUCCGACAGCUUCGAGCUCAUGGAUUACAUCCUGCAGAGCAAGCAGGAGGCAGGCACGCCUGUCCCCUACAUCCCCAGGGACAGCAGCAGGGCAGCCGAGAGCCUGAGGCAGGCGCGGAGCUUCGACCCCCAGCCCGACGGAACACCUGACCCGUGCCAGAAUGGCCAGGCCAGCGAGGAGGAUCCGGCCAGGAGGCCCGAACCAGAGCAGCAGGUAGUGAGGAGCCUGGAGAGAAUGGUCCCUGCGGUCACAAAUUACGCCUCGGUGGCCAGAGACAGCGGGAAGCUUUCGAGGCAGAGCAGCAGCCAGCUCGCGGAGAGCAGGGAGCAGCUCGGAGGUGAAGCUGAUGAACUCGAUUCCUACCUCCCGAAAAGAACCCCCCCGGCCCCCCCUGUCAGGAGCCACAGCAAGGAGAGCCUGGCUUUGAGUAUGAGCAAGGCUGUGGCGCUGACGGAGGCGCUGCUGGAGCCCCUCGGCGAUGAGGCCAAGGCUGGCAGGGAGCAGUGGGCAGUGGCGGGCACGGAGCUGCUCCCUGGAGGCAGGACUGCGGGAGGAGGGGGCUCGGAGGAGCCGGAGCGGAAGGGGAGGCAGAGUCAGGAGGAUGAGAAUGUGCUUAAAGUUGCCGAUGCCAAGAAAACCUUCGAAAAGCCCAAGUCGUCGGAGGGGACAGCAGCAGCACCAGCGCCCAAAAAAGACACCAUGAGGCGGGUGGUACGACAGAGCAAAUUCCGUCACGUCUUCGGGCAGGCGGUGAAGAACGACCAGUGUUACGACGACAUCCGCGUGUCGCGCGUCACCUGGGACAGCUCCUUCUGCGCCGUCAACCCCCGCUUCGUGGCCAUCAUCGUGGAUGCCAGCGGGGGGGGAGCCUUCCUGGUGCUGCCUCUGCACAAGACAGGCAGGAUUGACAAGUCCUACCCCACAGUGUGUGGCCACACGGGGCCGGUGCUGGACAUUGAUUGGUGUCCCCACAAUGAUCAGGUCAUCGCCAGCGGCUCCGAGGACUGCACUGUCAUGGUGUGGCAGAUUCCUGAGAACGGGCUCACCCUGUCCCUGACAGAGCCUGUGGUAGUGCUAGAAGGCCAUUCCAAGAGAGUUGGCAUCGUGGCCUGGCAUCCGACGGCGCGGAAUGUGCUGCUGAGCGCAGGCUGUGAUAAUGCCAUCAUCAUCUGGAAUGUGGGAACAGGAGAAGCCCUCAUCAACCUGGAUGACAUGCACGUGGAUAUGAUCUACAACGUGAGCUGGAACCGCAACGGCAGCCUCAUCUGCACAGCUUCCAAAGACAAAAAAGUCCGAGUCAUCGACCCCAGGAAACAAGAAAUUGUUGCUGAGAAAGAGAAAACCCACGAGGGAGCCCGGCCCAUGCGAGCCAUUUUCCUGGCAGACGGGAACAUCUUCACCACCGGCUUCAGCCGCAUGAGCGAGCGGCAGCUGGCGCUGUGGAACCCGAAAAACAUGGAGGAGCCAAUAGCCCUUCAUGAGAUGGACACCAGCAACGGGGUCCUGCUGCCCUUCUAUGACCCAGACACCAACAUCAUUUACCUGUGUGGGAAGGGUGACAGCAGCAUCCGCUACUUCGAGAUCACGGAUGAGUCCCCGUACGUUCACUACCUCAACACCUUCAGCAGCAAAGAGCCGCAGAGGGGCAUGGGGUUCAUGCCAAAGAGGGGCCUUGAUGUCAACAAGUGUGAGAUUGCCAGGUUCUUCAAGCUCCACGAGAGGAAGUGUGAGCCCAUCAUCAUGACGGUUCCCCGCAAGUCUGACCUCUUCCAGGACGACCUGUACCCAGACACAGCCGGCCCAGAAGCAGCUCUGGAAGCAGAGGAGUGGUUUGAGGGCAAGAACGCUGAUCCUCUCCUCAUCUCCUUGAAGCAUGGGUACAUUCCAGGCAAAAACAGGGAUCUCAAGGUGGUCAAGAAGAACAUACUGGACAACAAACCCGCCGGGAACAAGAAGAGUGAUCUCAUCAGUGCUCCAAAGAAAGCAGCGGAUGCCUCAAACCCCCAAAACGACGCCAAAUUGGAGGAGAUUUUGAAGGAGCUGAAAUCCAUCAAGGACACGAUCUCCAACCAGGACGAGCGCAUCGCCAAGCUGGAGCAGCAGAUGGCCAAGAUCGGGGACUGACGGGGCCGCCAGCCCAGGCACAUCCCAGCUCCCAGUUCAGCCAGCAGCAGCCUGCAGCAUUCCAGUACGAGCUUUCCUGUUCUCCUCAAUCCACCUCAAAACGAGCCGAGAUUUCAAGCCAAGCUUUUUAGUGAAAUAUUUUUUUUUUU